AUGGAAAAAAAAUCAAUGUUUGAAUGGGAGGAGUUGAAAAAAUUGAAGAAGGGCUCCAAUGCAGAUAUCUACCUUGCUGUUAUCACUGCUCCACAAGAAUGGAAAGAGAAUGUCGUUAUUAUGAAGAGUUCAAGGCCUUACUCAAUGGAAUCACUGCAAAAGGAAGAAAAGAUAAUGAGAUCAUUCAUUGGUUGUGAAGAAAUCCAUCAAUGCUCUUUCAGCCAAUUCACUGAGGAGAAAGGUAAACUCAUCUACAAUCUCUCAAUGGAAUGUGCACUUUUUGGUUCUAUGGGAGAUUUAAUUAGGAAGAGGGCACUCUUGGAGAGUGAAGUAAGAGUGUACACGCGUAUGCUUCUCAAAGGACUUUCUCUCAUUCAUAAAAGUGGAAUUGUUCAUUGUGAUCUCAAUCCAGAUAACAUUCUUCUCUUUCCUUCAUGCAACGAUGAAGCAAGCUAUAAAGUAAAGAUUGCAAAUUUUGGAUUGUCCAAGACAAAAGAAGAGACAAUCAAAGAUAAGAUCAAGUUUAGAGGGACACCGUUUUACAUGUCACCAGAAUCAGUUAUGGGUGAGAUUGAAACACCAUUGGAUAUAUGGUCUCUUGGAUGCACAGUCAUUGAGAUGGUUACUGGGUUACCUAUAUGGAGUAAUCUUGGAAGUAAGGCAGACUUAAUGUUUAAGCUUGCUUUUCUUAAAGAAGCACCAGAGAUACCUGAUGGAAUAAGCCACGAGUGCAAAGAUUUCUUGAGCAAAUGUUUCAUCAAGGAUCCUAGCAAAAGAUGGAGCGCCAACAUGCUUCUCAACCAUCCUUUUCUGUUUGCUCCAUAUGAUAUGUUUAGAGGUUAUGAAAGCUUUUCUAUGGUUAAUUCGUCAUAUUUCUCUUAUGAUUGUAAUCUUGUGUCUUUCAAGGUUUAA